AUGGACUCUCCCACUCUGCCGGCAGAUGAGGCCGUUCGUGAUAAGUACAACGUUGGUGAUAUCAUCGAUGAACUCUUCAACCUAGAUCUCAAUCCCACUGAAUGUGCAGAAGAUCUCGCGUGUGAUGUGGAAGAAUCAUGGGCCACACCCAGCGAAUCCACACAGGAUUUCAUUACUAUCGUUGAGGAGCAUCAAUGCCACGUCCAGGAGGCCAUCAUUGAUAAGCGCAAUAUCAUCAUAGAGAGUCUAGGAUACAUUGAUGGAUUGGCAGACGCGAUGCUUUCACUGUAUGAGUGGUUUCAUCCCGAAAGCACUCAGGGCGAUGUCCCUGCCAAUUGGGAAUACGUCUUAUACCAGCUUGUCGGCAUAUUCAAACUUUAUGUUCGUCUUGAGACGUCCACUGCUAUGAUGCUAAGGAUCAAGGACGAAUUGGAGGCGGUCAUGAGUCCUUUCAGGGACGCUCCCGAGGAAAUCAAGGCAAUGUUGCACAUCGUCAGCCUCGUGAUGGAGCAGAAUGACGGGCUCAGGAAUGAUUUGACUGCAGUUGUGUCUAACGUGCGCGCCGUCUGUGCUUGA